CUUUAUUGUCAAGAUAUUUCACAGUGAAUAAACAAAAAAAAUGAUGUGGAAAAUUAUAUUACUGUUGCCGUGUUUUGACGUUUUAGUGAACGCUGGUCUACUUUCACCAUAUUUUACGGGUUCUUCAAGCCAGUCGAGCGAUUGUCAACCUGUGGAACAAACAGACCCAUACCCCAAUUUUGUAAAUUGGGUAAUUUCACUACACAGUACCGGUGCAAAUUGGACAUCUUUGGAUCGUGAACUUGACGUUGAGAAAAUAAAUAACGCAAGGGAGAAAUUGAAGUUAAGUAGGUGUCCACCUGGUGAUGUGGAAAGUCUUAUUACGAACAGUAAUUGGGAUAACUGGCCUACUGAAUUAAGAUCACCUCAGGAACCUUUCAUUAACGAAAGUUAUAUGAAUGGAUUGACAUUAAGAAGCAUUCCAGAACUAUCAGCAGUAGUCGCGACGGUUUCUGACAACCUAGGCAAAGGGCUGAAAUGGCCAGGAAUUUUAUUCUUUUUCAAGCAUACUACGCUUAUUUAA